GAACACGCCCAAACUCAAUUUACCAGCGCAUCAGCUCACACAAGUGACAACACCUCCUUAGCAUGGCCGCAGCGACGAAUGCAUCGUCCGAGGCAAAUCUCGAUACGUCCCUUCAUUUCGUCACUGGCGGACAGAAACGCGCCACUUAUCGGCCUGCAGCACUCCGUACAAACUCAUCCUCACGACUCGCACAGCAUGCGACUCUGGUUGGAUCGCCUUCUACGCGCGGACCUGAUGAUCGACGCAGCGAGGGAAGUCGUAGUGAAGCGUCUUUAUCUUCACAGCGAAGAAAUCAGCCAGUUGGCAGGGAUCGGAGUGGGACGGUGACGAGUAUUGCGAGUACGGCGACGUUUGCUGCAGGUCAAGGUAUUUCCCGUGAUCAUUGGCAGCCAGAUGCUUCUGCGAGUGCUUGUACUGCGUGUGCCAAGACUUUCACGCUAUUUGACAGGAAACACCAUUGUCGAUGUUGUGGCAAGAUCUUUUGCAGUGCGCAUUCAAGCUAUACAGUCAUGUUGUCGCCUGAUGCGACAUUUGUCAAGCCUGGUGGCGCACCGCAAGAUGGACAGAUGGGAAGGGCAUGUGCACAUUGUCGUCGAGAGUUUGAACUCUUCCUCAGCCCACCGACAGUGCGUCGGCCGAUUGCGUCGAGUGCUGGAGAAGGUAGCCGGGGGAUUGCAAUGAAUGUCAAGAAGGAAGAGGAUGAGGAUGGCAGGGGACUCCCGGCGCAGUCUGUACCCACAGAUUGGACCUGGUCGACGUUCUGAGGUGGUUGAUGCUAAUGCUGAUGAGCGCUAUAGAUGGAUGUACAGAAGAUGAAUGCUGCUGCUACGCUUGCAGGAAGGGCUUGGCCACCUUGCGUUCCUCAACGGAUCCACGAUCAGACCGCAUUUCUCGCCAACUGACUGGAUACAUCAUCUCACCAAACUCAUCCCAGGCAAAGACAACGCCAAGCUCGUUUUGCGUCGUUGCCAGGUAGUAUGCGCCUGCAUCGCCGAGCGAGAUGACUUGUGCGCGACAUAUAUCGCCUGGUCUGAAACUCGCAGCCACUUGUGUCUUGUCCUUGUCAUGUAGAUGGAUGUCCGCCACCCGAAUGAUCCCCGUAAAGUCAUCUUGUAGGGCAGUUGUUCCAAUGACGAUGAUUUGCGCAGUCGCUUGGAGUCUGCUGAUGCGCGUGAUGCGACACAGUACAAUAUCGCCGAC